CUCCCUUUUUCUAUUUCAUGUCGUGGAAUAAAAUUUCAUCACUGCCUCCUGAUCCACAUGGCUUGAGUUUCAUGUUGUCGUUUAACAUCUUCACAGACAAAUUGUAACACGUCAUAUCUUAAAGGCUGGAUAGUUCAAUGUAAAGAAUAAACAUGGAAGGUCUAGGAUCUGUGCAACAGAAGAUUUCAUGUGUGUUCAAGACAGCAGUUUUAGAAGAACAAUCUAACAAAAGAACUUACCAACCAUAUAAAGUUGUAGCUGUUGAUGAAAUUAGACCACAGGCCAUAGAAGAUAACAUCAGGGUAGCUAGGGCUACAGAAAAAUUAGAUGGGACUUGUGUUUAUAUUGCAGAAUUUUGUGGAAAACCUUGGUUGUGGGCAAGGCUAGACAGAAAACCAAACAAAAGUUCAGACAAAAAGUUCAAGAAGUUCCAUAAUCAGAAACAGCAAUGGCUUAGAGAUGGCAAACAAGGAUCAGAACCAACAUUUCAGUGGAAUGUUUUGACAGAUUUUAAGGAAGUUCCCGAAAACUGGAUUCCAUCAUCUGGUGUCCCACUUAUAGACGGCUUGCCUCAACCGGAUGAAAACGGGCAUAUUCCAGGAUGGGUACCAAUUGAACAGAAAUUCAAGCAGUACAUUUGGCAUAUGUCAUCAGUAGAUCUUGAUCAUGGUUUAGGUGUGGUUCUCAGGGAAGAUAGUGAAAGACCAUCUGACCUUGUGAUAGAGGUCAGAGAAUUAUGUGACCUUUUAGGUCAUACAGCAGAGCUGAUUGGCACUAAUGUCAAUGCCAAUCCUUAUGGCAUUGGAAACAAAAAGAAUCCACAUCACUUUCUAGUCAUUCAUGGCUCAGUAGCUGUUAAAAAUCCACCAAUCUUCAAACUAGAUAGUGUAAAGGACUGGUUUGAAUCAUCUGAUAGUAAUGGCCGUGUAGAAGGUGUGGUGUGGCACUGCCCUGCUGGUGUUCUGUAUAAAGUUCAUCGACAUCAUCUGAAUCUUUCAUGGCCGAUCAAGGAACCACAACUCUCCUGUCGUAAAAUUCAUAUUUGUGUCGAUGUUUCAAAGUAUGAGUUAUCGUACGAUAAAAAAUCAAUAUUCACAGAGUUGGCAAAAUUCCAAGGACUGUCAUGUGACUCUUUGAUGAAUAUUCAUGAAUUAUUCAUGGAGGAAAAUGAAACAAGAUAGCACAUUAA